AUGGCGGACAAUUCUAUGCCCCGAGAGGAGAUAAUCGGGGUUGUGAUUGGGGCCGUUGCGCUGUUUUCCCUGAUCAGCAUGAUUCCGGUGAUGAUCAUGUGGCAUCACCGGCGACGCACGGCCAUGCGUGCAAUGGCCGAAACCCGAGUUCUCCCACCGGUCUAUCAGGUACAGUUGCAGAACGUGUUGGGCCAACCUGUGUCCGUGGAUCGAUGGUUGGAAGAACAAAACGUGCCUGCCAAUGCCCAGCAAUACGGCCAAGAUACUUGCCCCAUCUGUCUCUCAGCACUGUCGUCAUCCCCAUACCUCGCCUGUCCCGACCCAGCCGUUCUGGCCCACGGCCAGCACAACCACAACCCGACUACACGGCCAGACCCCCGCUGCACCUGCGGGGCACAGCAUUCCCCACCCGAUAGCGAGGUCCUCGUACUGAAUCGCUGCAAGCAUGCCUUCCACCUAGAUUGUCUGAAAUCCUGGUUUGAAUACCGUCGUUACAAGUGCCCGAUCUGCCAAGCUUCGUAUUCGCCAGGGCAAGAGACACGAGGAUAA